AUGGCGACGCGGGGCCGCGGGGCCGCCGCCGCUGCCGCGCUGCUCGUGGCGGUGUCGGCGGCGCUGCCCCCCGCCCGCGGCUUCUCCGUCCCGCUGCAGCGCCCCGCCGACUGCGGCGCCGACCGCUACUUCGACAGCUCCCGCCUGGCCUGCGCGCCCUGCGGGGCCCACCAGCGGCAGAGCGCCGGCGGUAGUUCCUGUGAAUGUGAGCCAGGAUACAGGAUGGUUUCUAGUAAUGGUGGGUUCUCUGUUCCUUGUGAAAAAUGCCCAGAAAAUAUGAGUGGAGUUACUCAAGAUGGAUGGAAUUGCAUUACUUGCCCCAGAGGCCUGACUUCAAAAGGAAACUGUAAAUGCCCCAAUAAUGAAAUACUAGUGGAAAGAAGCGUGGAUGGUGUUUUGCUUGAUGAAGCAUUGUGCAUACUUUGUAAUGGAAGUGAGCAGUCCUUCUCUGCCUCAGAUGCAUCAGGAAGCAGGUGUGUAAGAUGUGAAGAGACAUUCAUUCAAGUAAGCAAGUCUUGUGACUGCAACAGCCCAAACAUUCUAACUGGUGGGUUGUGUUUCUUGGCUCGUGAAGGUUUACCCCCAAAGGGAGUUGCAGCUGUUCGUUUUGCACAGCUAGGUGUAACACUGGCAUCAGCUUGGUUUGUGAAAAACCUUCAGUCCUCAGCCUUUGCCUGUUGGUUGUACUCUAAUCUAACAGCAUGCCAAGCUCUUGGAAAUAUGUGUGUGAUGAAUAUGAACUCAUUGAGUUCUUCAAGUACUGAUGCCUGUGGUUUGUUUCAAUAUAUUUUUGUCAGUACAGCAAGGGUAGGCGUCGUUCAUUCAAUACCCUACUGGAGGCAUAAUCUUCCAUGGCUGUAUUAUGGUGACCAACCAGGAUUAGCAUCCCAAGUGCUUGAGAAAAAUCAUUUUCCAACAACCUUCACUUUUAAGGGAACAGAUAAGGAUGUAAAGCUGAAAUUUAUUGCAGCCUCAUUUGAUGCAGCAGGAAACUUUCUUAAGUGGCAAAAUUUGGAAGGAGGUCUCUUACAGCUUUGUCCUGAUACCCAAACUAAAUUGAAUGCAGCUUAUGUUUUUGGAACAACUUAUCAACAAAAUUGCAAAAUUUCAGUUUCUAAGAUUUUAUUGGAUUUUGCCAAUCCUGUUUUUUAUGACCUGUUCCUUGAAUAUAAUGGUGGCAAUGGACAGCAACACCUUUGGGCCGUGCCAGUUUUAAAUUUGAAUCUUCAAUACAAUGAAAAGUUUGUUAAUCAAGGCAGUAAUAUGAACAACUGGCUUCUGACUCGUCGAUUUUUCUUGGUGGAUGCACUUAGUGGAAAAGAGAAUGACUUGGGAAAACCACCAAGGGUAAUUCGGAUUGCUAGCAAAAUAACAAUAAGUAUCCGUCUGGUAUCCCAUACACAGAGAGGAACCAUCUACCCUCCUCUCAUUACUGUUGCUUACACAGAUGUGCUUGUCCAAAACCCUGAAACCCAGAGUGUGAUGGUUUCUUUCGCAGUCAGCUAUGAGAUGAAUCAGAGAGAGGCUCAGAUUCAGACUGAUAUUGCACUGGGUGUGUUGGGUGGACUGGCAGUGCUAUGGUCUCUUCUCAAGACUGCAGGCUGGAAGAGGCGGACAGGAAGCUCUAUAAUUGACUUGCAGACAGUUUUCAAGUUCUUACUGUUCUAUGCUGGAGACCUUGCCAACGUUUUCUUUAUCAUCACAGUGGGCACAGGAAUUUAUUGGCUUGUAUUCUUCAAAGCUCAGCAGUUUGUAUCUGUCCUUUUACCUCUUCCAUCUCAAGAAGAAGAUUUUGUUACAUACAUAGCAUGUGCAUUUAGUUUAAAGGCUCUGCAAUUUUUACACUUGCUGGUUUCACAACUUGCUAUUGAUAUUUUCUUUAUUGACUGGGAAAGACCUAAGGGCAAAGUUCUUAAAGCAGUUGAAGGUGAAGGUGUUACUAAAAGUACUGCUGCACCUGUGAGCAUAUGGAGGACAUACUUUAUAGCAAAUGAGUGGAAUGAAAUUCAGACAGUGAGGAAAAUAAAUCCUCUCUUUCAAGUGCUUGCAGUUCUUUUUUUUCUAGAGGUGGUGGGAUUUUCAAACCUGGCUUUAAUGGAUGCUUCUUCCAGUCUCUCAAGAAGCAGUGAGAGCUAUGUAGCUCCUUGGAGCCGCAUUUUAAGAUUUGGUGUGUCUGCUGCACUCUGGGUCGCCAUUGCCAUCCUACAAAUUAUUUUUUUUGCUGUGAUUUAUGAAAGAUUUGUUGAAGAUAAGAUAAGCCAGUUUGUUGAUUUGUGCUGCGUGAGCAAUAUUUCAGUGUUUCUCUUGUCACACAACUGCUUUGGUCAUUACAUCCAUGGUCGCUCAGUGCAUGGGCAUGCAGAUACCAAUAUGGAAGAAAUGAAUAUGAACCUGAAGAGAGAAGCAGAAAAUCUGUGUAGUCAGAGAGGUUUGUUACCAAACACAGAUGGCCAGACAUUUCAGAUUUCCAUUUCAAGAAAAAUGCGACUAAACUAUGACUGGAUUCAUGAAACCUUAACAAGAAAACGUGGUCCUGCCAGGCUUUUGGACUCAUCUGCAAAUACCUUUGAACAAAGCACAAGGGCCUACAAUGCCAUGAACAAAUUCCUCAGUUCUUUUAUUGAUCACGUUCAUAAAGAAAUGGAUUAUAUUGUCAAAGAUAAGUUGCUGCUUGAACGCAUUCUUGGCAUGGAAUUCAUGGAACCAAUAGAGAAAAGUAUUUUUUAUAAUGAUGAAGGACACUCUUUCACUGACGUUCUCUAUUAUGGCAAUGAAACAACACUGCUCAUCUUUGAUAUCCUGUUUUUCUCAGUUGUGGAUUUAGCUUCCCAAAGUUUUGUUUUAGCAGCUAUUCUAACAUAUUUGCAACAAGAGAUAUUUAGGUUUAUUCGUACUACACUUGGGCAGAAGAAUUUGGCAUCCAAAACCUUGGUGGAUCAAAGAUUUCUCAUUUAAUUGAGAAGAUGAAAAACUGUUAAGGAUUUAAUAAUGGAAAAUAUGAACAUGAUCAAAGCGCCUCUGACCUACAGAUUAAUUGUCGUGCACUUUUCAACAACAACAAUGUAAUGGGUUUGAAACUUG